UUCCGAUCAGAUGGAAGAAGGAUCGCUUUCCGAACUCGAGAGGAGGCUUCUGAGACUGAGCCAGGAAUUCGGGAUGACACCAUAUCAGGACGAUCCUGUACGAGAGUCUGCAGAGAGUUCAUUGGAGUCGGCGUCGGAUACAGAAGACGGUGACACAAGCGUCUCCACGGACGAACCGACUCCGGACGAACAAAAUAGGACGCUAAAUGACUGGUGUGAUUGUCGCAUAUGCGGACAAAUGCCGACUGUACAGGAACGCAUUUGUUGCCGCCGCAUCAACGAGGUGCUGCGCAAACAACCGAAGGGUUGUAUCACAGAGAACGAGCACUUCCGCACAGCGUGUUUGCACACUGAGGUCCUUUCUGUCGCGCUGUGCGAGCCUCAGGAUCCCAAUACGCCAGAUUCGAAUCAGCAACAAGCGCAAGAAAGAGGGUACAGCUUCUUGGUUAUACCUGUACAGCUAUGAAGCGGAGCAGCCUGAGAACUUUCGCAGGACUUGAUCCGGAAAACAGAAUGGCAGCCGACAGUAGGAGGUUUCCUGCUGCCUUCCCAUUGAUCAUUGGCUGGCUGGUCCAUGUAUGCUGGUGCCCAUUUGAGCAAACAGAACUGGCAGUCAGAAAGGUUCCUUCUGAAGACAGCGUGGUUUUGGCUGGUGUGUGACAUGUUUUGCAUUCCUGGAGCAGCUGGAGGAGGCAACUCUCAAAGACGACAUAUUUCUUCUCUGCAUGGAGUGGAACAUUGGAGUCCUCUCGUGGGGUGCUGCAUAGAAAGGCAGCAGUGUGAUGGCAUAUUGUAGAAGUGAGUGUGUCGCUAAGGAGGUGCUACAAUGCAAGUUUUUCCAUUAUGGAAGUGCCCAAGAGUGACAAACUACAAGGCACUGUACUGAAGCUGUUUACCCAAUACAAUCUCAUAUUUCUAGUUAGUUUUCUAUCUCAACAGUUUGAAAAAGAUGGGUGGUGGUGGUGAUGUAACACCUUGCAGUACACGGCCAUGUCUCAGUUGAGAAAGGUCAUUACCUCUCAAGACACCUAAACCGAUGGAACAGUUUGCACGUGCAAUGCUUCCUUGUUUUCUGUUUUAUUUUCCCUGUCUGCUUCAUUUUUUGUAAUACAGUCUGCAGUUUACACAUAAUAUAUGUAUGAAAACUGUUAUGCACCAUUACCCAGAGGAACCAUACCUCACAAAACUGUCGUCAAAGGAAGGAGAGUAGGUUGUGUCCUUGUCAUACUGUUCAUUUGUGUGAGGCGUACUUGAAGUAACAGGGCUUGAAUAAAGUUUGGGCGAAAAG